AUGCCCCGCAAAGACAUCCUCCGCAGUGCCCUCCUGGGGACACUCGCAUCCCAGUCCCUAGCAGAACCAUAUCAUGAACCGUACCGUCCCCAAUUCCACUUCUCCCCAGGCCGGGGUUGGAUGAAUGAUCCCAAUGGCCUCUUGUACGUUAAUGGAACCUACCACAUGUUCUACCAGUACAACCCAGCCGGAACUACAUGGGGCAAUAUAUCAUGGGGCCAUGCGACGAGCGAGGACGUGACGCACUGGGAGCAUCAGCCUGUUGCGCUGCUUGCCAGGGGCUUCCCGGAUAAUGUCACGGAGAUGUUUUUCUCAGGCAGUGCGGUUGCUGAUGAGAGGAACACGAGUGGGUUUGGUCGAGGUGGGGAUGGGGAUGGGGAUACGGCGCCGUUGGUUGCGAUUUAUACGUCUUAUUAUCCUAUCAGCCAAACACUCCCAAGUGGGAAAAAAGUCCGUGAAAACCAGCAGAGCCAAUCUAUCGCCUACAGUCUAGAUCAGGGACAAACAUGGACGACCUACGAUGAAGCGAAUCCUGUUAUCCUGGAACCGCCCACUGCAUAUGGAGACCAGUACCAGGAGUUCCGCGACCCGAACGUCUUUUGGCAUGAGCCAACAGGCAAGUGGGUUCUUGUCGUGUCCCUUGCAAAGGUGCACAAACUCCUCGUUUACACUUCCGAUGAUCUCAAGAACUGGUCUGUUGCAAGUGAGUUCGGCCCCUACAAUGCCGUCGGAGGUGUAUGGGAGUGCCCCAGCUUUUUUCCGCUCCCUGUGGAUGGAGACGAGUCGAAUGUCAAAUGGGUCGCCAUCAUUGGGCUCAACCCCGGUGGACCUCCUGGCACUGUAGGUUCGGGAAACCAGUAUAUACUUGGCGAUUUCAAUGGGACAGUCUUCACACCUGACCAGGGCAGCAUCCACACGGACGGAGAAGCAAAUUGGCUCGACUUUGGUCCGGACUUUUACGCUGCGCUUGUGUAUAACGGACUGCCAGAGUACCAGCGAACCGUGAUUGCUUGGAUGAAUAACUGGCAGUACGCGACAGAGGUACCGACAAGUACCUGGCGCAGUGCAAUGGCUAUUCCUCGCCGUAUCUCUCUUAAGACGAUCAACGGCAAGAUGCGGGUCGUGCAGGAGCCUGAGGAGAACUGGAACUCCAUCACCAGCAAGCUGCAGACCGCCUACUUUGCCUCUCUCCCAGAAGGCGUACACAAUCUAGGAUCCCUUGGAAAGUCUCUGGCUAUCAACCUCACUUUCUCUGAUAGGAAUGAUGCCAAUUCGUCAGCAGCCUCCGAAUUUGGCAUUGCCUUCCUCGGGACGCAGAACUUCACCCAGCAAACUCGGGUUGGGUAUAGCUUUGCCACGAAACAAGUUUUCCUCGACCGGAGGACAUCAGGAAACUCCUCCUUUGACGGUACUUUCGCGAGUAUCUAUCAUGCUCCACUUUUGCCGUCGGAGGAAGACAAGGUGACACUCCGCAUAUUUGUUGACUGGUCUAGUGUUGAGGUGUUUGGGGGUCAGGGAGAAACUACCUUGACUUCUCAGAUCUUUCCGCGUGAGGAUGCUACCUAUGCUCGACUAUUUUCGAGCGGAGGCUUGACGGAAAAUAUUGAUCUGAGCGUUAGUGAGAUAAAUUCCGUAUGGAGACGAUGA